ACAAAAAUAGGAAAACAUGACCAGAUUUAAUUGGAAAAGACCCGUGCCUUUCAUAUAUACGGGGCUAGUCCAACAGGCGGCAUUAGACUAGUCCAACCAGCAGUCAGGGAUGAUCAGACCGGUACACCGUCGAUGUCAAUCACAACUUGGACGCUAGGUUUGGUCCACAUCUCAAUCAACGAGUUUGAGCUCUCCGCCGGAGCCGAGGUCGACGGAGCACUGUAGCGUGAGGUUCUAGCAACUCCUCUCGCCGCCUUGCCCUUUUUCUUUCUCCCCUCGCCCUUGUCUUCCUGGACGGGGUAUACCUGGGUAGGAGCUGCACCAGUCCACUCUAGAGUUUCAUCGCCAACAACUGACUGUGGCGGGGCAUAGUGGUCGGCAAAUGCGGCACAGUGGAUUGGGAGGCGAAGCAGCGCGCUGACUGGGAGAUGAAGCGGCAUGGUAGACUAGGAGACGAGGGCUUGAGGCGAUGUGUCCAGAUAAGCAGAAAGGGUAGUUGGAGGAAUUUAAUCCUUGGGCUGGGAUACCUUUGCUAGGCUUGGUCACAUGCAUUUGUGAGAUGUGUAGCCUGAAGAGUAGCUCGCCUCAAUUAAAGUCAUGCAAAAGAGGUAACAUGCACUGCGGAGUGAAUGGCCUUAGACCGAUUCCAUUGCUCCUACCCUUAAAAUCUUCGUCCGAUGAGUCCAUUCCUCACCGCUACCUCUGCCGAAAUAUUUAGGGGGAGAGGAGAAAAAAAAUGGAAAAAAUGAGCGAUGACUCAUGACAGAGGAGAGGACGGGUUAACGAAAUCUUGAAUGAUAGUUCUGUCCAAGAAUUUAGUGUAAUUCUUCUAUUUUUUUUAGAUUUGUAGUAUUUUCAUAAGGUGAAAUAAUUAGUAUUUUCUGACACUGAUGAAAAGUUUGUAUGAAAAUUUUCCGAAUAUGGAACCUUUCUCCGGUUUCCGAACAAAUUUCCUCAAAACCAUUCUUUCUGUCCCGCACUCCCGCUUCCCCCCAGUCCAAUCCCCCAAGAACUGAUCCGCAUCUCUCGCUAGAUUCCUCCACCAAUCAUCCAUGGCCACCACCAAGCCAUUCCUCCUCCCUCCCCAACCCACCUCUCCGCCCGCGCGCCCAGGCCCCACCGAGCCCAAGCUAGCUCCGUCGCGUGCUCCGCCGCCGACGCCGACGACCGGUGGCUGGAACCCGCUCGCGGCGCUCGUCGAGGUGCCCGGGGCGCUGUGGCGUGUGGGGAGGCGGCGUUGGGCUCUUCAUGGUCACCGGCGCGGCGCUGCUCGCGCUCGCGGUGGCGUGGAUCCGUGGGUUCCAGCUGCGCUCCCGCUUCGGCAAGUACCAGGCCCCGUCUUCGAGUUCACCCAGGCCUGCGGGAUCUGCGUGGGCACGCCCGUGUGGAUACGUGGGGUCGCCGUCGGGAGCAUCGUCCGCAUCGACUCUUCCCUCCAUAGCAUCGAUGCUUACGCUGAGAAUGACAUAUUCUUUGGAUUGGGCACCGAUGCCGAGGAAAAACCUGUGUUGCCUAAACCGGGGUUGGGAAAACCUCCGAGGCCUCCUAAGAGGAAGGUGACUGAUAAGGCGGAUGAUCUAGAGAUGGAUAAGGAAAAUCCAGUGCCGGAAGUGCCACCGGAGAUCGCAUUGCCGGAGGCAGCCAUGGAGAUUGCAUCGCCGGAGACAGCCAUGGAGAUUCCAGUGCCGGAUGUGCCCAUAGAGAUUACAGUGGCAGAACUAGAGGUGGAAUUUGUGGCAUCAGUCGGGUCAGACAAAGAAGAAGUACCAGGAUUGGAAUGGGACGGUACAGAGCCAGAGAUAUUUGAAGACCCUUCUCCUACGAAAGAACCCGAGGUGCCACGAGUGCUUAGGAGCCACGACUCCAAGUCCAAAGAUGCGAACAAGGAGAAGUUCAUGCUAACCGUCUUCAGAGGGGGUAAGGAACGUGCCAAGCUCAGAGAUGACGACCCCCAGAAGGCUUCUGAGCUAGCCGGGCCAACAUACUUCGCAACCGAUGAUUGCCUGGAAAAGUACGAACAUGGGAAAACACUCUUGCCGGAAUGGGCACUGAAAGAAGCACCAUGGGAGAUGAGAAGGUUGCAUAACUUCCAUAUGGAGGCCAGCAAGAAAGGCUUGGGUAAUAUAACAGCUCGAUCACCGGCAGAUUGUUUCGGCGAAAAAGGUUACGUAUGGCUAGAUUUCUCAGAUCUCCACGCCAUAUAUCGUCGGGAUAAGAUGGACGUCAACUAUGUCGGUGUUUGGUGCAUGAUGCAAUACAUGGAUGCUAACAAGAAAAAAGAACCCAUCGGCUUCUUGGAUCCAACUCGGAUCUGCCAAACACAGCAUAUCGUUACGCUAGCACCAGGGUCAGACCAGCUGAAGGGCAAGAAUCUGAAAGAGAUAGCAGAAUACAAGAAGGGCUUGCACAAGGAGAAAUUGAUUACUGUCGCACAGUACAUUGGACGAGCCUUCUUGCACUUUCAAAAUAAGAGAGUCGUCAUGGCCGCUUAUAAUUUUAACGAUCAUUAUAUCUGUUUACUCAUCCACCCUAAAGACGGAACCGUGGUAGUCUUGGAUCCUCUCGAUUACAAUCACAAGCAAUACAAAGAAUUUCUAACAAUCUUACAGUAUGCAUACCAAUACUACAAGUUCAAGAGUGAAGAACAGACCCGAACACGGGAGAAGCUGCUAUUACGUACCUAUUGGCCGUGUCACAAGCAACCGCAAGGAACGGUCCUUUGCGGAUAUUAUGCGUGCGAAUUCCUUAUUAACGCGGAGGAUUUGCCAAGAUUAGAAUGUCGAACAAGCUUUGACGAUACAGGUAUCACAAAUGUGCAGCGUGAUCUGUGCCACUUCAUCCACCAUGAGUGCUCUCAUGUCAAAGGAGAUUUCUUCGACCCAGAGGGUGCCCUAGCGGCAAGUGACGAAUUCAAGGAUCUUUGGGAGUAGAACACUGCUAUGCCAUAAUAUAACUAAAUGACGUUAUUUGAAGUGACAAUGUAAAACAAUAUUGUAAUAUAUAUAUUUUGGCAACACUUUUGAUUUAUGCAAUAUAAGUAGAUUUCUCAGUACCAAA